AUGACUAUCAAUUUACAAUCAAUACCAGAACAACUUAAAUCAAAUAAGAACAUAACUCCAUAUAUUAUAAGAUCAAUUGAUUUGGGUUCUAUAAAUCCAAUUGUUUCUUACUACUGUAAAAUAUAUGUGUUGGAAUAUAUAUUACAGAAUAAAUUACAUAUGGAAAGUAAAGAGAAUGAAGGUUUUACGGUUGAAUUAUUAGAUGAUACUGAAUCAAUGAAGAAAAAUGAAGAAUCACUUCAGGAAAAACAAGUUUCACUUGUUGUUGUAUUAAGUUUUGCUUAUAAAUUAUUUAAUCAAUGUUUACAAGAUUUAAAAUCAUUAACCAAGGAGAAAAAACAAGCCACCGUUAAAAAAUUCCAAGCUGCUUUGAAUUUCCUUAAUAUAUUAUCUGUAUUUCAGAAUUCAGAAGAGAUAGACUGGCAAAAAGUAAGUAAGGUUGAUUCUUGGGAUGAAUUUGAUAAGUUGAAUAAAGAGAAAAUUAAAGUUUUGAAGUUUCAAUUGUCUAAGUUGUUUAAAGAUGAGAUACCUUAUGUUGAUGAAGUUAAUGAUGAGGAUUUGGAGAAGGAAUUGGAUCAAGAAUUGAAAGAAUUGGAAGCUGACAAGAAGGAAGAUGAUACAGAAGAAGUGUACAAUCAAGCAGAUGAUGAAGAGGAGGUAAAAAACGAAGAGGAGGUAAAAGACGAAGAAGAAGAAGAAGAAGGUCAUGAUCUCAAGAUGCCUGGUGCACCAAACGACUUACCUAAAUUCAUAGAUGAUGAAGAUUCACAACCUAAUUUACCAGGUGCUCCAGAUUCAGAACCUAAAUUUAUAGAUGAUGAUGAAAAUGGUUCACAGCCUAUCUUACCUGGUGCACCACAUUUUUCACCACAAGUAUCUGACUCAGAAUCAGAUUUUAAAUUACCGGGAGCUCCAAAAUAUUUACCGGAUGAUGAAGAUGAAUUAAGUCAUAUUAAUAAAACUUCAUCAAUACAUGUUUAUCAACCAAAUAGUAAUCCAAAGAAAGAAGAAUUUAAGAAACCAAGCAUAUCUAGAAACGUAUCACAUUCUCAUCACCAGUUGAGUAAGAAUGAUAUAAAACAGAUUUUGGAUAAAGAGGAUUCAAUUAAUGUAAUUAAAAAGAAUAUUAAAUUUGCUAAUUCUGCUUUAACUUUUGAUGAUUUGGAUGAAUGUGAACGACAAUUGGAAGAUGCUAUAAAAUUGAUGAAAGCAUUGAAAGCUCAAGAAGAUGAAUAG